AUGCUGAAAGCGCACCAAGAAGCAGAAGUUGACAUUGUUGAUCGCUUGCCGACGCCUUUUGGAUUAGUCCGCUCUGGCGUAGCUCCUGAUCAUCCAGAAACCAAGGUUGUGGUCAACCAGUUUUCGCGGGUUGCGCAGCACCAACGCUGCUCGUUUUUCGGUAAUGUAACUCUUGGAUCGUCCAUUUCUCUUGCCGAGCUCCGCGAGCUGUAUGAUGUGGUUGUGCUUGCCUAUGGUGCAGAAAGUGAUCGAGUUCUUGGCAUUCCAGGAGAAGAUUUGUUAGGGAUUCAAUCGGCUAGAGAAUUUGUUUGGUGGUAUAAUGGUCAUCCAGAUUGCAGAUGCCUCAACCCGGACUUGAAGAGCACUGAUACAGCUGUAAUUCUUGGUCAGGGAAAUGUAGCUCUCGAUGUUGCACGCAUUCUUUUAAGACCACCAACAGAAUUGGCCACAACUGACAUUUCGAGUCAUGCUUUGGCUGCUCUCGAGGAGAGCAACAUAAGGAAGGUGUAUUUGGUUGGUAGACGAGGACCUGUUCAAGCAGCCUGUACUACUAAAGAGCUGCGUGAAGUUCUUGGUAUUAGAGAUCUGUAUGUUCACCUACAGAAAGAUCUUGUUAAAACCCCAAUCGAUGAGGAAGAGCUGAAGAAUAAUCGGAUUCAAAGAAGGGUUUAUGAGUUGCUUACUAAGGCAGCCACCUCAGGACCUUCGCACCCUAGUUCAGGUCAACGUGAGCUACACUUUGUUUUCUUCAGGAAACCUGAUAGGUUUUUUGAAUCACAUGAGAGAAGUGGCUAUGUUUCUGGUGUCCGCCUUGAGAAGACGGCUCUUCAAGGUGUUGAACCUGGAAAACAGAUAGCUAUAGGCACCAAUCAAUAUGAAGACCUUGGAUGCGGGUCGGUGCUAAAGAGCAUUGGGUAUAAAUCAUUACCAGUUGAUGGCUUACCCUUUGAUCAUAAAAAAGGUAUUGUUCCAAACAUUAAAGGUCGAGUUAUAAGUGAUGCGCAAAAAGAUCCUCCAGUUCUUGAGAAGGGUUUGUAUGUAUGCGGAUGGUUAAAGAGAGGACCAACAGGAAUCAUUGGCACAAACCACUAUUGCGCUGAAGAAACUGUCGCAAGUAUAUCGGAAGACGUUGAGCGAGGAUUAGUGGCGUCCUCAGCUAGCUUGCCCAAGCCUGGCAGAGAGGGUCUCCUCCAGGUGCUGGAUGAUCGUAAUGUUAGAGUUCUACCAUUUAGUGCCUGGGAAAAAAUAGAUUCUGAAGAAAGGCGGCUUGGGAGUUUAAGAAACAAACCCAGGGAGAAACUGGUAACAUGGGAAGACAUAAUGAAAGUAGCAGACUAGCAGCUGAAUAAUGUUUUCAGCCAGUUUUUAUUUUUAAUUUAUUUCAGGUUUCUCACAAAAUAAUGGAAAGGUUGAUAUGUGACAUUGAUGCGAUUCAUUUUUCCUGUUGUAAUAUCCUACAUAAGUUUGUUG